CAGAUCGUUUGGCGCCCCCUUUUUUUUCUCUCUAAUUACACCUAGAUUUUUUUUCCCUUUUUUUAACUCAGAAAAUCCAUCAUUUAACCGUCUUGUGGCUACGCAGAUAGCGAGAAGAUUCUUAUUCUAUCUCUAGCCGGUGCCAAGAAAGACAGAUUCUCCUAAAAAUGAGUCCCAACCUUGCUUUGCUCAGCGUCUCAGACAAAAGAGGCCUGGUCCCACUCGCGAAACAACUUCAUGAGUUGGGAUUUCGUCUAGUGGCCUCCGGAGGUACCGCGACAGCCCUCCGUGAUGCCAACCUCGCAGUCAAAGAUGUAUCCCAGGUGACAGGGGCUCCUGAGAUGCUCGGAGGGAGAGUCAAGACCUUGCAUCCAGCUGUCCACGGCGGCAUCCUCGCAAGAGACACAGAUAGUGAUGCGGCAGACAUGAAAAAAAUGAACUUCGAAUUGAUAGACGUCGUUGUCUGCAACUUAUACCCCUUCACUAAAACAGUGAGCAAGCCUGAUGUCACUAUUCCUGAAGCUGUCGAAAACAUUGAUAUAGGAGGUGUGACUUUAUUAAGAGCAGCAGCUAAGAAUCAUGCCAGAGUGACAGUUCUCUGCGAUCCAGAUGAUUAUGACAAAGUCACCUCAGAGUUAAAAAAUAGUGCUAAAAGAGAAGUCUCAUUAUCAACGAGGCAAACAUUAGCUCUCAAAGCUUUUACCCACACUUGCGAAUAUGACCAAGCAAUCAGUGAUUAUUUUCGUAAACAGUACAGUGCGGGAGUUUCCCAAAUGACGCUACGUUAUGGAAUGAACCCACAUCAGAAGCCAGCACAGAUAUUCACCACUCUAGCCAAAUUGCCUUUGACAGUGUUGAACGGUGCCCCCGGCUUCAUCAAUUUAUGCGAUGCUCUCAACGGUUACCAACUGGUCAAGGAACUUAAAUCGGCGCUCGGUUUGCCGGCUGCCACAUCUUUCAAGCAUGUGAGCCCGGCUGGGGCUGCUGUCGGUGUCCCACUUUCAAAGGAACAUGCUAAACUUUGCAUGGUCGAUGAUCUCUAUGAUAAACUCACUCCGGUUUCUACAGCGUAUGCAAGAGCGAGAGGUGCUGAUAGAAUGUCAUCAUUCGGUGAUUUUGUCGCCCUUUCUGAUGUUUGCGAUGAAAUCACUGCUAAAAUAAUUUCCAGAGAGGUUUCGGAUGGUAUAAUUGCAACUGGUUUCACAAACGAAGCCCUUGCCAUAUUGAAAAAGAAGAAGAACGGAGGUUACUGCGUUUUGCAAAUCGAUCCCACGUAUGAGGCAGAUCCAAUUGAAAGACGAGUCCUUUUUGGCCUCACGAUGGAACAGAGGAGGAACGACUGCGUUAUUGAUAAAUCCGUCUUCUCCAAUAUUGUCACCAAAAAUAAAACAUUGCCAGAUGAUGCAAUGAGGAACCUCAUUGUCGCAACCAUUGCUUUAAAAUACACUCAGAGCAAUUCAGUCUGCUAUGCAAAGGAUGGACAGGUGAUUGGAAUCGGAGCAGGGCAACAGAGUAGAAUCCACUGCACUCGUCUUGCAGGGGAAAAAGCAGAUAACUGGUGGUUGAGGCAACACCCUAAAGUCCUUGGAAUGAAGUUCAAAAAAGGUGUUACAAGAGCUGAGAUAUCGAACGCUAUUGAUAACUAUGUAAACGGUUCACUUGGGAAAGACAUGGACCUAAAGUCUUGGGAAUCUAAGUACGAUCAAGUCCCAUCAUUGCUGACAGAUCAGGAGAGGGCUGACUGGGUCAAACAGUUAAAGGGCGUUUCUCUUUCUUCUGACGCUUUCUUUCCUUUUAGCGACAACAUCAACAGAGCUGUACUCAGUGGUGUAAGCUAUAUUGGAAGCCCGGCUGGAUCGAACAAUGAUGACGAUGUUAUUGAGGCCUGCAACAAACAUAAUAUCGUCCUUGCUCAUACAAAUUUGCGUCUUUUCCAUCAUUAACAUACAGUUUAUAUAUUUCUCAUAUUUCAAUUAUCAUCUGUCAUAGUUUCUAUGUUAUAUGGUUUAAAAAUAUUUCUAUUGUAAUACAAAUAUUAUUAAUAAAGCAUUAUGUUAGAUAAAAAAU